AUGAAGGCUGUGGUGAGUGUGACAGAGACAGACAAUACUGCCAUGGGAAAGGCCUCUGCGUCCGGGGUGAUGAUUCACGAUUGGUACAUUGUAAAUGCGAAUCUGGGUGGUUUGGAAGAAAAUGUGAAUUUUCUGAGGACCAUAGGAUUUGAAAGUGCAAAAGACGGAACUUUCUUAGCCACAACCAAACCAAUCUUUGUUGCUCAACCCUUCCGUCUGAUUUUGACCUACACACUGGCUGCUAAUCUCCUUAAUUACCAUCCAAAGGUCAUAUAUUACUCUCCGUAUGACUUUGACUCCUUGGAAGUAUUGCUGAGGGCGUGCACGCAAGAAAAGGAUGGCUUCUGUAUGUUUAAAGAACAAAAAGAAUGCAAGAAACCAUCUUCUGGCUAUAACGUCUGCAGCUAUAAGAAAAUUGAUUACUACGCCUAUUAUCCUCGGAAUUACUCUGACAAGAAAAGAGUCGUCUGUAUCGACAUUCGACCAUUUCAAGGGAAACGUUUCAUGGAAUUUGGUGUCAAAGCAAGUUGCAAUAAUCCAAAGGGGUGUAGCGCGUAUAAUAUUGGAGCAACAACGAUAAAAUAUUCCAUAAGGUUUGAGCCUGGUACAUGUGAACAUUUCAAUAUUGUUCAUUGA